AUGCCUGCCAUACCAUUGUUGUGGAUGGACUCAUCUAGAUGGCAUUUAGAGCCAGUCGACUGGGCUGCUUAUGCCUAUCAUCUAGUUGCGCCGCGAGUUAACGUCAAAGGUCGCAUGGCUCUACUUAUGCUCCUGGCCGUUUUCUGGGCUUUUUCAUGGCUUGUUUAUAGGGCAUACACGGUCAUUUCGACCCCGAAUGACAUCCUGGUCGAUAAACUCGGCCUCGAUAUUCCACCUGCGCCGCUUAUUAUCCUUGAAGAAAUCUCGGCGCACGAGGUACAGAUUACUUGGAAGCAUGCAGAACCAUCGGCCUCGGUGCAAGAAUACCAUGUCGAAGUCAACGGGAGAGUUGUUGGAACUACAAGGAAGAAUGAGAUGGGUGCCAUAAUCUCCAACCUCGUGCCGGGAAGUAUUUACGACAUUCGUAUCUUCUGUGUGAGUGCUGGUACUUUCCAAACUCCAAGCGCACCGCUUCAUGUUCGCCUUCCGAAUUCGUCAUCUCCCUCGUCCCGGGGUGAAGCUUCCGAAUCCGUCCCGACAGUCAGAGCCAUUCCGGUGCGGAAUUCUCAAAAUUUUACGCCCGCAUCCGCUCCUAUCAUGUCCCGGGAAUCAAGCGGGGGACAACCUGUAGGCAGAAGGGGAACGGCCGGACGGCGACCUUCCCCCGCGAAUCAUAUCACCGACUCUCCGACGGCUCAAGAUGUGGGAUCCAGAGGGACCGACGAUGAGGUAGAUGGUGAUCUCGCAGAGUUAUCUCGGCGAUUUCAAAAGGUUCAACAAGAUAUUGAAGCGAUCGAAGCUCAAAUACAAGAAGAAGAUAAAGAAUUUGAAAAUGCGUUGAAAGAACUGGAAGCACGUCGAGAUCAGUUGAAGCAGAGUCUGAAGGAGCGGGAUGAAGCUAGCAACGAUCUGCGCAAGCAAGUUCACAAGGCAGAGACUGCUAGCCGGACCGCCCAAAGCGAGAAAACGAAAAAGGAACGGCUUCUCCAGCAAAGGGAGAAUCAGCGUCGAAAACGAAGAGACGAAAUUGCUAAAUGGGAAGAUCAAAUCGCCUCGAUGAAGGAAGAAAUGGCCGGUAUCGAGACCCAGAAAGCCGCCAUUGAACGUCGGACGCAAUCCGAGCUUAGAGAAAUCCGCAAGAAGAUUGAAGAGGAACAAAAGGAAGUCGCGAUGCUGGAAGAAGACAAUAAAGAGAAGGCACUUCAAAUAAAGGCAUUGGAGGAAGAACGCAAACAGUUAAAUGUCGAGGAUGAGACUGAUGAGUCGAGAGAAGCGGAUCGACUUGACCGCGAACGUGAUAUGAGAUGGCGAGCGAGGUUUGAGGACCUCCAGCAAACCUAUGCCCGGCUAUGGAGUGACCUCCAGCUAGCGAACCAACAAGUCAACUACACCAGAGAGCAAAUCACUCAACUGGAAGCAAGACGAGCCAACUAUAUGUCGUUCGUCCCGAUUGCGCCCCUUGAUAUGGACGCUGUUCGGCGAGGUUUGAGACCAGUACGACGACCAAGACAUACCGGUUCACUUGGGAGUAGCGUUUCCUCGCCCAGAGGCCCUUUUACGGGCUCUGAACCGUUCCCUGCUGGACUCCAGUAUACAUCUGCUGCGAAUUCUUCACCAACGGUGGCCGUGCAAAAUUAUUUCAAUCCUCAAAACGGAAUGACGUUGGCCAUGCCCUCGGAAAUGCCCUCUUCGACAGGUGAGGAGAUAGAGGCAAUCAGCUCGAUUCCGAUGAGUCCCAGAGCAGAUUCACUCUUGCCCGCGGAUCUUCUGGGUGACGAAUCGGCGGAUGAGUUGCCCAAAACGACUGAGCAAAAAGGAGCCCCGGACACAGGGACAUGCCCAUUUCCCAAAAUCGGGUCGCCGAUACUGCAAGAAGAUAGCCGCCGCACAGAGAGUCCCUCGGUGGGCUCAUCCUCAAGUAGGUCGUUUUCCAGUCCUCUGCAAACAUCCACCCCAGCCGUCGAAUCUGAUGAGAAAUCCACGAAUUCUGGGAAGAAGUCUGACGAAAAGCCGGAAGAUGAGGUCGUCCAGCAAUCCAACAAGGCCAAAUUUUCAUCCAUGUUUGGCCUCAAUCGUCAGCGUGGGAAAACCUUGGCAGAUCAACCGCCGCUUCUGGGAUCUCUCAAACCGGGUCAGAGUCAAUCAUUUCCGAGAAAUAUGGAUGAGUUCGAUCCAGCCAUCCAGCCCAGAAGGCGGUUGAGCUACGGAGGGAAUUGGGCAUCCCCUGGGAUGCUCUUACGCGGGAAUGGGACGCCGGAAGAAAGAGAACAGGAGGUUUCUCGAUUCGCCACGGCUCGCCGUGCCUUUCAAUUUCCGGGAUUUGGCAAAUCAGCCGCCGCUUCGCCAAAUUACGAUCCUUUUUUGACAGCAAGGUCUGGAUCAUUCGAUCCUGGUCUUCGCCGGGGCUCAUCCUCUCCACGGCCUUCAUCCACCUAUUCAUUUGACAAGAUGCCACGACCAUCGGCGGAAAGCCAGUUUCGGGCAUGGAAUGCGGACAAGCCGACUAUUCGAAACAGUCCACUCGCUCCCGAUUGGGGUUCGUUCCAUUCAUAUUCCCAGAGUCAUUCACGCCGGCCAUCCAUUGUGUACGGAUCUACGAGCAACCUCUCACUUCCACAUAAUGAUAAGGAAGUAGAAGUGGUGGAGCCGGACAGGAAACCGUCGCGUCCUUUGCAAGCACCAAUUGGCACCCGCCCAGCAUCAUCACAGCAGGCUUCAACUCCGAAAUUGAAUCCGGCAGCACCCUCAUUUACCAUGCUAUUUGGUAAACGGGGUGAAAAGACCAAGGACAAGGACAAAGACAAGGAUCGGACAAAAUCCAAAGAGUCGAAAGACAAGCCCGCCGAGGCGGAAGCAGCCUCUCCUCCAGAGUCAAGGAAGUCAAAGGAUACCAGCUCUGUUGCGGCUACGAUCUCUACCGUGGAUUCCGAAACGCUGGAUCGUACAGUAUCUGGAACAAGCGCUCACUUGUCUUUGGAGAAUACACCCGUCAAGCCGACAUUCAUAUCCAAAAUCACGAGAAAAGCCAGCAGCAAUAAGUUCGGAAGCUGGAAGGAUAAGGGAGGUCUGUUUUCGAGGAAAGACGCUUCAACCCCCAAUGGUGAGAAUGAGGAAGAGCAGGGCUCCAGUGAACAUCUUGGAAAGAGUUUGGAGAGCACAUCGACCACACCAAGCGCGGAGGAGAAAAAGACCAGUAGGACGAGUCUAAGCAAUUGGAACUUUAUGCGCAAGAGCAAAAAGGGGGGCAAAGAGGACUUGACAGCCAGCGAAAUUAGUGAGAGUAGUGAGAGGGCCAGUGAAACCGGAGAGGAAAGAGAUGACGACGAGGCAUGA